AUGAAUGUGCUCAAGCUUCAAAAGAAGUACCCCCAACUCCAACAAGCCGACAUCUACGGCCUCAGCGAUGCCUUUCGCAAGCUCGAUGUCGACGACAAGGGCUACGUCGACGAGGCCACUGCCAUCAAGUCCGUGCAAAGCUCCGAGCGACAGUCGUAUGAUGUCGUGAGGCAGGCGUUGCGCGAGGUGGAACUCGACAGCUCGCGCCGCGUAGAGCUCGACGACUAUGUCAACCUCAUCUCCAGGCUGCGCCAGGCCACGCCCGGCCAGCAGCCCAUGGGCGAUGUCGUCAGCAGAGCGAGGGGCUACAGCAAUGCGAAAGAUGGCUCCGCCCCUGCCGCCCCCGCCCGCCCCCAACAUGCACGAGGUGCUAGUGGAGUGGGUACAGGAGGAGGAGUCGGAGGCAGGAUUACCGUCGCCGGUGCGACUGGAACACACACCAUCAACGAAGACGAGCGAACCGCCUUCACCUCCCACAUCAACGCCGUCCUCGCCGGCGAUCCCGACAUCGGCCAUCUCCUUCCCUUCCCUCUCGAUACCUUCGAAAUGUUCGACUCGUGCAAGGACGGCCUGGUGCUCGCCAAGCUUAUCAACGACAGUGUGCCGGAUACCAUUGACGAGCGAGUGCUGAACCGAGCCGGCAAGAAGAUCAAAACGUUGAACGCUUUCCACAUGACCGAGAACAACAACAUUGUCAUUGAGUCGUCAAAAGGCAUUGGGUGUUCGGUGGUCAACAUUGGAUCGGGAGAUAUCAUGGAAGGCAGAGAGCAUUUGAUCUUGGGUCUCAUCUGGCAGAUCAUCCGACGCGGUCUGCUCGGCAAGAUUGACAUCAAGCUGCAUCCCGAGCUGUACCGUCUAUUGGAAGAUGGCGAGACGUUGGAGCAGUUCCUUCGACUGCCGCCCGAGCAGAUUCUCUUGAGAUGGUUCAACUACCACUUGAAGAAUGCCAAAUGGCACCGAAAAGUCCAAAACUUCUCCAACGAUGUCAAAGAUGGCGAAAACUACACCGUCCUCCUCAACCAGCUGGCCCCCAACAUCUGCUCGCGCAGCCCGUUGCAGACCUCCGACCUCCACCAACGCGCGGAGCAAGUGCUACAAAACGCCGACCGUCUCGAUCCGCCUUGCCGCAAGUUCCUCACCCCAACAUCUCUCGUCGCCGGCAACCCCAAACUCAAUCUUGCCUUUGUCGCCAACCUCUUCAACAACCACCCCGGUCUCGACCCAAUUACGGAAGAGGAAAAGGCAGAGAUCGAAGACUUCGACGCCGAGGGCGAACGCGAAGCCCGCGUCUUCACCCUCUGGCUCAACUCCCUCGACGUCCAGCCCGCAGUGGUCAGCUUCUUCGACGACCUCAAAGACGGCAGCAUCCUGCUACAAGCCUACGACAAAGUCAUCCCCGGCUCCGUCAACUGGCGCCACGUCAACAAGCCGCCCGCCAACGCCGUCACGCCCGCCAGCCAGGACCCGGACGAAGCCUACCUGAGCAUCAAAUCGGGCAUGUCGCGCUUCAAAGCAAUGGAAAACACCAACUACGCGGUGGAAAUUGGCAAGGCGAACCGCUUCUCCCUCGUCGGCAUCCAGGGCGCCGACAUCACCGACGGCCAGCGCACCCUCACCCUCGGCAUGGUGUGGCAGCUGAUGCGCCGCGACAUCACAAACACCCUCUCCUCGCUCGCGCAGCGCAUGGGCAAGCGCGAAGUCACCGACGCCGACAUGGUCGCGUGGGCCAACGGGCAGGCGGCCAAAGGCGGGCAGAAGACGCAGGUGCGCAGCUUCAAGGACGCGAACAUCGCUUCCGGCGUCUUUCUCCUCGACGUCCUGAAUGGCAUGAAGAGCAGCUACGUCGAUUAUGAUCUUGUCGCUGCCGGCCGCACGCCUGAGGAAGCGUAUCUGAAUGCCAAGCUCGCCAUUUCGAUUGCGCGGAAGCUCGGGGCGACGAUUUGGUUGGUUCCCGAGGAUAUCACGGGCUUGCGGACGAGGUUGAUUUUGACGUUUAUUGGGAGCUUGAUGGCGACGGCCGAGAAGAUGGGGGCGUGA